GUGCUCGAGGCGGAGGGGAGGGGGCGGGGAAGGCGAAAGGAGGGGUUCCGAGGAGAGGGUUCGAGCUCGGUACGCACCAGGUGGAGAGCGCGCGCCUGGGCGGAGGAGGAAGGAGGCGUGUCGAGUAGCGUGAGGGAAGUUGUGGUGCGGGUGGGGAGAACUACACUAAAGGGAGAUGGGGUGAGCAGUGAAAGCACCGCGAAAGUACCAGGCAGAGAGCUGCCCUUUCUUAAUGGGGGAACCUGGAGAAGAGUGUGAGCGUAAAGGGGAAGAAGGCAGAAGGCAAAUAGGUUCGGGAGUGUGUCGGAAGGCGCGAGCGGGCGCUAGGACCCGGCAUCGAAAAGAUGCGGCUUUGGGGCUGUCGAGUCGCGCGCUCCCGUUGGUGACGGGGCAGUGGCGGAGGUCUCCGGCAGGGAUGAAGCGCCGCAGGGAGUGGAUACUCGGCCGCCUUUAGCUUCCGCCCACUUCUCGCUGCGCGCUUUCCUGCUCCCCCUUCCGGCUACAGCCCUGGGGUCGAGCUCUGGUCCAAGCGCAUCCCACCUCUCCUCCGGCCCUACGACUUCCUUUGCAACCCGCCGCCCAACCUUGCUCUCCGUGGUUUACCCCUGGGUUCUGAGACAUGGUGGUAGCGGCCACGGCCGCGGAUUGGCUGUUGCGGACCCGGGGCGGGGCAGGUGGAAGAGGCUCAUACUCCGCGGGUUUCGCUGUGUUUCGCGCCAUGUCGUUAGCGGAGAGCGGGUGGCGGUCGGCUGUGCGGCGGCGCCGUCCCGGGACCCCGGGCCCUGUGGCUGGGCCAACAUAUUCCUCCUUUACUCAGGGGGACAGUUGGGGUGAAGGCGAAGUCGACGAGGAGGAGGGAUGCGACCAAGUGGCCCGCGACCUGCGGGCGGAGUUCUCGGCUGGGGCGUGGUCAGAGCCCAGAAAGGGCUCGCUGCUCCCGCCGGACGGGGACGGGUCGCCUGUCCUGCCAGAUAAGCGCAAUGGUAUCUUUCCCGCGGCCGCGGGCAGCAGAACCCAGCCUCGGCGGUGGCCGGUCCAGGUUCUUUCUAUUCUCUGCUCGCUGCUCUUCGCCAUCCUUCUCGCCUUCCUUCUCGCCAUCGCCUACUUGAUCGUUAAAGAGUUGCAUGCUGACAAUUUGAAAAAUGAAGAUGUUAUAGACACUGGAUUAUUAGGAUUCUGGACUCUACUUAUAAUAUCCCUAACUGCUGGAUUCUCCUGUUGCAGCUUUUCUUGGACAGUGACUUACUUUGAUUCUUUUGAACCAGGAAUGUUUCCUCCUACUCCUCUUUCACCUGCCAGGUUCAAGAAACUGACUGGACAUUCUUUCCACAUGGGCUAUAGCAUGGCGAUUUUGAAUGGCAUCGUAGCUGCUCUUACUGUAGCAUGGUGCCUCAUGUAAACCCACACUGGAGCAAUAUUGUUGGCAAAACUUAAUCAUGAUUGUUUUCUAAUAACAAGAAGGAGCAUCAUUGUCUACUCAGAAGACUGAGAAACCUGCUGUUCAUUAUGUAGUUCAGAUAUUUAUCACAAUCAUCAUCAUUGUGGAAGACCUUUUAAAGCAUUGUUUUAGAAUGUCUGAGUAUUAAGAUACAGAUUAAUUGGCAAUAUCUGAGUAUUAAGUACUUUCUUCAGAGUAUAAGAUGUUUACCUCAUCUUUUUACUUUUGUGUGUGUAGUUCUUUCAAGUUGUAGAAAACAUUUAAAUGUAAUUUAAACUCAAAAAACUUGAAUACAGUAAGGACAAUGCUUGCCUUUUCAUGUAUGUACUACAUUUUUUGCUAAGAAAUACUGAUAUUUCUGUUUAGUUAAGGUAGAAAUACUUCUUAUUUAUACAUUUAGGAAAGCAAAUAAUGCCUACUACUCCGACUUUCAUAGAAGCUACUUUUAAAUCAGAAUAUUUAAUUUUUGAUAUUCAUAUAAUUAAUAGAAGUUGCAUUUAUAUUUUUAUGGGGCAUAGUUCCUUAUGUGUUUUUUAAUGUAUUUUCAUACUACACAUUGAAUUUGUAUGUUUUUAAAAUUAUUACAUCUAGACAACUGUAAAUACUUUUCUAGCUAGUGCAAACCUAGUACCUGCCAUUUUUACUAAUUUUUUGUUUAAAAAAAGCAAAAAAGCACAUUGACCUAAGUUUAAAAUUAAAUAAGUUUAUUUUUAACAAAAAAUGCCUGAAAACAGGUAAAUUAUUUAAGUCAUUAAAAUAUUGAGAAAUUUGAAAUUUUUACUAUUUCUAUUUCCACAAUUCCAAAUAUUUAUCUUGGUGUAUAUAUUGUUCUUUAACAGAACUUGCAUUAUUUUGUUUUUAAUAAAUAUAAACAUGAAAUUUUUGUAUGUGAGAAUGAUUGAACUAGUUUGUUCUUAAUCUCAAAAAUUUAGUUACCAAAGUAGAAGAGGUGUGUUGAUACUAGAUAUUAAAAACUACAUAUAGUUCAUAUAAUUUUAUAAUUUUCCUCUUUAAAUGCGCUUUUGUAAUUGUGAUGUUUUGUUUUCUAAGUAAUGAAGCCUUAAUUUUUCCCCUCUGUUAUUAAACACCUUUGAUAUUUAGAAAGUUACCUCAAUUUUAGAAAGAUGGGCUAUUUCCAAAGCUGUUUUCCCUGGCCAUAGGAAAACUUACAAUAAGAAAGCAUUGUGUAGUCAGACUGCUUAUUCAGGCUAAGUGGGAAUGAAUUUGUGCAGUGUGUUCCCUUAUUAUCUACUGAAUGUUCUUACUGACUAAACAAGAUUUCUAAAAG